AUGGUGAUCCUAGAAACAGCUUUUAACGAUGUUAUAAACAGAGUCUUUGGAAUGCCCAGACAGUUGACCAGACAGUUGCUAAGACGCCCAAAUAGUCCAGCCGUAUUUUAUGUAAACCUAUUCCAGGUCAGCGAACACAAUUCCCAAUGUGUAUAAAUCUUGUAGAUUACGGACAAGAUUUGAUAUAUGAUAGCUACGGAAUCACCACGCUCAAUUUACGAUGUUUAUGCUGUCGUUUGCAUAAAGACAAAUUUUAUGCCAGUCCUAAUACUUAUGACGUUCACGAAAAAUUGCAUUGUUAAGUUAUUUAUAGGACAUGGGCAAAUAGCGUUCUUGAUAAUCCACGUGAUUUCAACGGCCAUUGCCAGAAUGAAAAAAAAGGCAGGUCAUUUAUUGUGGACGAUCUUUCUUCAGUUAGUGUGACGAUUUUUACGGUUGUCGCUUUUGGCUUUGAGUGUUUUUGACCCGCUGAAUUAUACCUGCCCCGUAAUGUUAAAAGCGAUAAUUGUCUUAAAGAUUUAAUUCUAAUAACUAUGGUCUUGCAUACGGUUGUUUUCAUACUAGCGAUAAUAUUUGUGUUUCAACAUGCCACAAAUUUUGUGUAUGCAACAGGUAUUGAAGUUGUUCAUUCUGCUAUAUUACGUUCCUUCAAUAUUUUCAAAACAAGAAAAACUCACAACGGCUAAUGAUCUGCCAAAAUUAUAUCCAUUUAACGGAUCGUCUCAACUUACUCGAAUCGUUCAAAUGCUUAACGAAAGACUCGCAUCAGAGGAUCCCUUGUCAAUCUCGUUACUAAAAGAUCACUAUUCUACGUUUAAUGGGGUGCGUAUGGAUCUUGGCAAGAUGUCUUCAUGUAUUAAAAACCAAAAUAAUUUCCGAUUUGAGCUGGUACUGUCAAAGGCUUUAAGAGGGGAAGCGAUCAAUGUUGUUGUAUAUGGCGGCUCCAACUGCGCCCAAGCCAUGUUCCCGAUCAUCUUAAAAAAUUGGUGGAGUAAAGUAAUCACGCCAGCCACUGGAUCGCCGUUAAACUUGAAGAUCAUCGGCAUUGGUGGCACGGGAAGCGGGUACUAUCAGUUCUGCCAUGAAAUAUACAUGAAAGAAGCUGAAAACAUCGAUCUGGUGAUCCUGGAAACAGCUGUUAACGAUGUUAUGAACACAGUCAUUGGAAUGUCAAAUAUCAAUCAUAAUCUACCACUCGAGCAGUUGACCAGACAGUUGCUAAGCCGCCCCAAUAGUCCAGCCGUAUUUUAUGUAAACCUCUUCCUGGUCAGCGAGCAUAAUUCCCAAUGUUUAAAUCUCGUAGACUAUGGACAAGAUUUGAUAUCUGAUAGCUACGGAAUUACAACGUUCAAUUUAAGGUGUUUAUGCUGUCGUUUGCAUAAAGGCAAAUUUUAUGCCACCCCUAGGACUUAUGAUGUUCACGAAGGAUUGCACAGUAAGUUAUUAGGACAUGCGCAAAUAGCGCUCAUGAUAAUCCACGUGAUUUCAACGGCAAUGUCAAAGAUUGAAAAAGAUGCGAAAUCAUUUAAGCUGAACGAUCUUUCUUGGUUCGACGCAGCUUGGUCGAAUAUUCCUCCGUUACCUUCACCAGUGUUUAUCAAAGGAAAAAACAGUCCUAUUACAUCUCAACAAUGUUGGGCGACCUUAACACCGGACUUCAGAGCAGAUACAUAUCGAAACUCGUUGUGGUUGACGAUCGCAAAAAACACUGGAUUCAGAUAUCUUAGCUCGUAUAAGAUAGGUAGAACUUCGUAUUCGGCAGAAAGUGUGUCCCGUACGGACGCAUUUGGGGGUCUUUUUGGGAGCAAAGUUAACUCCGAGGUGACGGUGUCAUUUAUGGUUGCACCACAGCAACCAGUGGGUUGGAACUCAUCUGCAAUAGUUGGUAUAGCGGCACGAUGCAGUGGAGCAGCUAGGGCAGUCGAAGCAUGGCUAGACGAUCUCUACAAUCAGCGUGUUAGAAUGCCUUUUCGGAGCGAGAGUUCACAGACUGCUGUUGCAAUUGUGGGGACACACGUGCAACCUGGGACACACGCGUUAACAAUGCGCAUUGUGAAGGAAGGAGACGCUGUUUUAGUCGGAGUUUUUGUUGGGUAUUCAAAUAAGCCGUAAGAAAAAAUCAUCUGAUGAAAAUCUAAUAUUUCAGUUUUGUAUCGUUCCGUCAAUUUGUACAAAACUGUUGCUCCAAACCUUGUACUAUGAAUUUAUUACACAUAUUUGAAAUCUAGUGCCCUACUGGUAUAUGACUAAAAUACAUAUUGCACCGUUAUUAAGAACAAAUUAAAGCACCAACUCAGUAAUUUAGGUAAGAUACUGAAGUUGAAUAAUUUUUUCUAAAAUGUACAACAACUUGAAUUACUUGAUUAAUCUGGUGGAUUGACCUAAUUGUAAAAUAAAUCACAAAAUGUUUCUGAUGAAAACCAUGCAGCUGGCUAUAAAUUCUAGUCAAAUCAAAUAACCUAUAUUUCACGAUUUUUUGUUAAUUGACCAGUUUUAAUAAAUUGAUAAAUGGCUUGAAGCCAUUAUACAACUCACAUAGAGAGGCUUUGGAUACUGGAAAGAUAGUUCCAAGGUAGAAACAAAUAAAAAACCUCUCUCUUAAUCUAAAGUUCUAUAGUGUUAUCAAAUAGCAGAGCAAAUUAAGUUUAGCAGAGCAAAAAAAGAUAACAAAUAUUGUCAAUAACAUUUUCAUUGAUAUAAAUAGGCCAGUAAAGAUCUAAGAGAUAAAAACAACAUUUUAAAUUGUAUAUA